AGCUAAAUGACCGAUUAUAAACAAAUAAAACAAUACUACCAACUGAGCUAGUCUAACGGGAUAUAUAUCCCGACAUUUGGUUUUUCUCUUAUUAUAAAUAUGAAACUAAGUUGCAUUAGAUUUUUCCAUCCAUUUUAGAAGCCACUUUUCUUUCUAUAUUUUUUUGUUAUACACUUUCGGUUUCCUAUACAAUGGAAGAUGUAGGAAGCAUACUCCACUUUCUCGAGGACAAGACCAUUUUAGUUAUUGGUGCCACUGGUUUUCUUGCAAAAAUAUUUUUGGAGAAGGUAUUGAGAGUUCAACCAAAUGUUAAAAAGCUUUUUCUUCUUUUAAGAGCAUCUGAUCACAAAUCUGCAGCUAGUCGCUUGCAAAAUGAGAUAUUAGCAACGGACUUGUUCAAUUUGCUACGCGAAAAAUUGGGUAAAAAUUUCAAGUCCUUUAUUUCUGAAAAGUUGAUUGUGGUGCCUGGAGAUAUCAGUUGUGAAGACUUAGGAUUGAAGGGUUCCAAUUUAAUGGAAGAUAUUUCCUCUCAAACAGAUGUUAUUAUAAAUUUGGCUGCAACUACUAACUUUUAUGAAAGGUAUGAUAUAGCAUUGGGUCUCAAUACAUUUGGAGCAAAGCAUGUCAUGAGCUUUGCAAAACAAUGUAUCAAACUUAAAGUGCUUGUCCAUGUAUCAACUGCUUAUGUAUGUGGUGAAAAAAGUGGACUCAUACUAGAAAGCCCCUAUCUCUUUGGUGAUUCAUUAAAUGGUGUGGCUGGAUUAGAUAUCAAUGCAGAAAAGAGAUUAAUAACCAAAAAAUUGGGUGAGCUACAAGAGAAAGGAGCCACAGAGCAAGAAAUUAAAGUGGCCAUGAAGGACCUAGGUAUUACAAGGGCAAAUGUGUAUGGAUGGCCAAACACAUACGUGUUUACAAAGGCACUUGGGGAGAUGCUCGUGGAACAAUUGAAAGAAAAUUUAUCUGUUGUUAUUUUACGUCCUGCUAUUGUCACAAGUACUUUAAAAGAACCUUUUCCUGGUUGGGUUGAGGGUGUCAGAACUAUUGACAGUUUAGCUGUUGCUUAUGGGAAAGGAAAACUAUCAUGUUUCGUUGCAGAUAUCAAUUGUGUUGUUGAUGUGAUACCAGCUGACAUGGUGGUCAAUGCAAUACUAGUAGCUAUGGUGGCUCACGCAAAUCAAUGUAAUGAUGUUGUAUAUCAUGUUGGUUCCUCGGUUAGAAAUCCAUUCAGAUACAUUAAUUUUCAGGAUUAUGGACUAAAAUAUUUCAAGGCAAAACCAUGGAUUAACAAAGAUGGAAUGGCUGUUAAAGUUGGCAAAGUAACCAUAUUAACCGACAUGGAUAGCUUCCAAAGAUAUAUGCUCAUUCGCUACAUUCUUCCGUUAAAGGGAUUGAAGCUGGUCAAUUUAGCAUUGUGCCAGUAUUUUGAGGGAACAUAUCUUGAGCUCAACAGGAAGAUCCAAGUUGUGAUGCGGUUGGCGGAACUUUACCGACCUUACUUAUUCUUUAAGGGCAUAUUUGAUGAUAUAAACCUAGAGAAGUUGCGGAUGGCAGCAAGACAAAGUGGAACAGAGACAAAUUUAUUUUACUUCGACCCAAAAGAGAUUGAUUGGGAAGAUUAUUUUGUGAACGUCCAUUUCCCUGGUAUUGUCAAGUACAUUUUCAAAUGACACAAACAUUUGAUUAUGUUCAAAUUUAUUAUAUAGGGACUAGUAUUUCGUACCAUUUACAUGGUUACCCAAAAAAACUAGGUGCUAAAUAAGUUUGAAAGAUGUAGUAAGUGUUAUCAAAUACAAUAUUAUGUAUAAAUAAGUUUGCUUUGUUUUACAAUUGAUUGUCUUUAAAUUAAUCAAUCAUUUGAUCGGAUAUCGAGUUUUUAAAAUAAAAUAAAAAUAAAAAUCC